CAGCAAAUGCCCAUUGGCCAAGACAUGACUGGCAGGCACACGGUCACCUAGCAGUUUGAGGGGAUCGUCCUGGUGGAUUGAGACUUUAGUUUGUGUUUGUGUUGUUUAAUCUGCUGGAGARAGAGCAGACAGGACAUCUGUCGGUGCCAGCGACAUGGACUCCAACGUGGCCCAGGUCCAGAGGAUGCAGAAGAAGACCAGCACCAUGUCUCUUACCAUUUCUUCCUCCUCCUCCUCCUCCCGGGAGCGCUCCUCUUCCUCCUCCUCCACGUUGCCCGCUCAGAGACACUCAAGCCUGGUGCAUCCGUUGUGUGUCAGCCCUCAGAGGACGCAGAGUCCUGUCUACAAUCAGCAGUACUCGGGGAAAGGAGUGGCUCCAACAUUUGUUAAGUGCCUCCAUGACAUGUCCACAGUGAAAGGUCAGCUGGUGGUCCUGGAGUGCCGGCUGAGGGGGACCCCUCCACUGCAGGUCAUGUGGUACAGAGAAGACGAACAAAUACAGGACUCUGACGACUUUAGGAUAUUGCGCAAGAGUAAGUGUGAGAUGGAGUCAUACGAUGUGACAAAGUUUGCAUCAGAUCUCCCUGAGCCUGAACCCAUCAGCYGCUCCGAGGAGCCUUUAGGUCGCAGCGAGGAGGAAAGUGCUCUGAGCUCAGAGGGUCAAAGGUCACCAGACGAUUCUGUCAGGGUCUGCACGCCAAGCCCCCUUCCUCCGUCCUCACCACCGGCACAAGUCAAGGAGAAAACCCAAACGCCCAAGCUGUUCACGCCAAGCAAACUGAGCUUCACGGUAAAUUUGAGUGGCCGAUAA